GCUUAAUCACUGGAGGCGUGACCGGCUACCUGUACUACAUGGCGACUGAGAGCUUGAAUAGGCACUUGAGAGAAACAGGUGAAGGUCGUAUCGAACGAAUUGACACCUACUGCGCGGCGGUCCAGUCUUGGCAAACUGGCACCGCCAACGAAUUAGACAACUUCGUGUUUUCUGCCCGCCUGGGGGCAGCGGGCCACGAAGUUCCGUGCAGCAUCUCAUCUGUGCCGAACGCCUACGACAAGAACGUGUCACAAAGAUCCGAUGGCAAAUGCAGCGACUACGAGGUCAAGACCGUUCGCUGCAACGUGUCGGAAUUGAUUCCUUCGCCUGUGUUUGACUCUUUGUAUACGAUCGAGCUUGUCGGCAAAGAGCCCGGUAGAGCCUUCAGCCGAACGAUUGGACAGGCCGUAGUGCAGGUCCUCACGGAACGUGUUUGGGACCUGAUUGAUUCUGAUUAUGUCAGCAGCAAGUGUGGCAUGGGGGCAGAUUUCGACUGCCCACGGCGAAAUCGACAGCGGAACUGCGACGACCUAGAAGGGCAGCCCCUCGAUGAGGAUGUCAAGCAAUGCACAGCACGGCAUCGCCUUGCCAGUGCAUCCCAUGAGAUGGCGCCGUGCUGGGUGAUGAAGCCGAGCAUGGAGGCCCAGAAGACUUUUGCCUUCGUCGAUAUGCAGUGGCCCCAACCCCACGAGUCUGUGAAUCCUGUGACGUCGGACUACCUUUUUCGGUGCACGCACGGUGUGGAUGAUUCUGGCCAGAAGGUCAUCCAGCACAUGACCGGUACUUCUUUGGAGAUGUCAGAAACCGCAAUGCUGGAAAUCCUGGAUGAGGCGGAGCUCACAUUUCGCCACUACCAGGACCCUUACGUUGUUGCCUCAAAGCUGACGGACUCAACUUUCGACCUGGGCGCGCCGCAGGAUUCUUCUCUUGUGCUUAUCAUUUUCGUAUUCAUGUGGGCUGCUUGCGGCACUUGCUGCUGGUGCAGCUUCACCUGCAAAGCGGCCAUCGCCGCUUGCCCAUCGGACGACACAGAAACCGGAAGUGCUUAA